UUGUUAGCACAUGUUUUAAACUCGCGGGUUGUUACUACUUGGGUUUGCUGUAUGAUAACAAAUGAUAAAUUUAUAGCUGAUAUACUGUAAGGAUGUCCCAGGACAAGGUAAUCCCAGUGAAGGUGGCCCUCCGUGCCAGGCCACUAAUCCCCAGGGAGACAUCAGAAGGGUGUCAGCAGUGCCUGGAGUUCAUACCAGGAGAACCACAAGUUGUAAUAGGCACCAAGUCGUUUACGUAUGACUUUGCAUUCUCCCCCAACACGUCCCAGGAGCUGGUUUAUGACAGAGCAGUGGCAAACCUUGUGAAGGGGGUUUUCAAAGGAUACAAUGCCACAGUGCUGGCGUAUGGCCAGACAGGCUCUGGUAAGACUUAUACCAUGGGGAGUGGAUACAACAUCUCCUUGGAGGAAGACGAGGACCUGGCGGGCGUGAUCCCCAGGGUGGUACGACAGCUGUACAGAGGCAUUCAGGAGAGGGAGGAGAGCCACACCUUUGUGGUCAGAGUCUCGUUUUUAGAGAUCUAUAACGAAGACCUCCAUGAUCUGCUGUCAAGUAACAGCAGCAAGGACCUGGCCAUUAGAGAAGACCCAGAAGGGGGAAUCUUGAUCCCUGGUCUGACAGAAACAGUCGUAUCCUCCCCAGAGGACACCAUCUUGUGUCUAGAACACGGCUCCACCCACAGAACCACCGGCGCCACUGCCAUGAACGCCACCUCCAGCCGUUCCCAUGCCAUAUUUACCAUCAUGGUGGAACAGCAAAGCCGAGAAGACAGCAAUGACUUCAUGAAGUCGAAAUUCCAUCUUGUGGACUUGGCUGGGUCGGAACGCUGCAAGAGGACCCAGGCGGAGGGGGGUCGUUUCAAGGAGGGGGUCAACAUCAACCUGGGGCUCCUGGCCCUGGGUAAUGUGAUCAGUGCCCUAGGGGAUGAGUCACAGAAGAGGAGUCAUAUCCCCUAUAGAGACUCCAAGCUUACAAGGCUGCUGCAAGAUUCUCUGGGUGGUAACAGUCACACUGUAAUGAUAGCCUGUGUCAGUCCCUCGGAUUCCAACAUGGAGGAGACCCUGAACACACUGAGGUACGCAGACAGGGCCAGGAAGAUUAAGAACAAACCCAUUGUCAACAGAGACCCACAAGCGGCAGAAAUCUUGAGACUCAAAGGAGUGGUUCAACAGCUGCAGGUUCAACUUAUGCAGAAUGGUGGAGUUCCUGGCAAAUUUGAAGGGUCAAUUGACAUUAAAGCUUUAAAGGAAAGAAUUAAAGAACUGGAGGAGGAAAAUCAUAAACUCAGCAAAGAGUUGGAAUCGGCUGUGGAUAAUAGCACAGGGCUUUGUGAGAAGAUAAUAAAGACUGAGCUGGCCAGGGACAGGUUGAAGGAAAGACUGAGGGACCUCAGGCAGCAAGCAGGGCUCACUCUCAACAUCACACAGGAGCUGGAAAUCAGUGGGGAAUUGAAAGAUAAGGUGGAUGCCAUGAAAGAUUUGAGCAGAAAGAUACAGGAAUUCCCUGAAGAAGAACAUGAAUUGAGCACUAUAGAAGAAGAGACCAAAACAGAGAGCUCUGGCUCUUCUCCUGUCCCAGAUGAGUUUGAUGCCAAGCACGCCCUGUGUCAGGCCAAGCUGAGUAAAGAGCUGCAGGAGCUGAACAGGCUGAUCAACUUGAAGCAGGACCUGGCGUCUCAGCUCUCAGAGAAUGACGGCAGGCUGGAUAACAUGAGAGUGGAAUAUGAGAAAAAUGUGAAAGAGCUAGAGAGCCAGCUGGAGAACCUGAUGAAGGAGAAGGAACAACUGCAGGCUGCCCUGGACUCAGCCAAAGCUCAGACUAAUGCCAACAAGAUUUCGGAACAAAGAAGACAGAGAUUAAAAGAGUUGGAGAAAGAGCUGGCAGCUAAGAAGAAGGAAUUACUGGAGAAGAACAAGAUUGUGAAAAUGAAGGAAAGCACAGACAAGCAGGUCACAAAGAUGAACACUGACAUACAGACAAUGAAGCAGCAGCGCGUAAAGCUGAUGAAGCAGAUGAAGGAAGAGGCAGAUAACUUCAGGAAGUGGAAGCAGAGUAAAGAGAAGGAAGUGAUGCAGCUCAAGGCUAAGGAUCGUAAGAGAGAGUACGAAAUGACCAAGAUGGCCAGAAAUCACGAGAAACAGCAGGGUGUGUUGAAGAGGAAGGCAGAAGAGGCUGCUGCUGCUAACAAGAGGCUGAAGGAGGUUCUGGAGAAGAGGAAGGCUGUGGCAGCAGAGAGGAGCAAGUGCCCUGAAAAUGAGAGGAACAGAUACCAGCUGCAGGUCAAGAGUUUGCUCAACCAGGACCUGGAGAUAGCGGUCAGUUUGAAGGAGGCCCAGCACCACCUCCAGAGUCUGAUGAACGACAGGAAGGAACUGACCAAGCAGUUGUCUGAUCUCAAGGACAAGCUGCUGAAUGGACCUCCCAAAAAGAAAUAUGCUUGGGGUGGAGCCGGUGACACGAAGGAAUCAUCUGAUGAAGACAAGGAGGAAAUCAAGAAACAAAUCCGCACCCUGGAGCAAGAUCUGGAGUUGAGAAAUGCUCAAAUUGCAGACCUACAGCAGAAGAUUGUGGACGCUGAAGACGGUUUCCGCUCCAAAAAUCUGGAAAGCAUUGUAUCACUAGGACAAGCCAAGACAGGCAUGAAUUAUCUGCUGGACCAGGCUGUGAUUGCCAAGUGUGCCCAGAGCAGAGUGGCCUGUGAACUGAGGCACCAGAGGAACACUGUGGAAGACCUGACCAAACAGACAGAAAAGAUGGAGGAAGAACUGAAGAGUGUCAGACAUAUCCACCAGGAGGAGCUGCUGGCUCAACAGAGACAGUACGAAGACAGGAUACUUUACCUGCUGCGCCAGUUGAAAACUAAAAAAGAGGAUGAGCCUCUUCUUAACAGCACUCUAGAUGAGCAAACUAAGGAACGCCUUAAGUUCCAGGAGCAAGAAAUAGAGCGACUCAGUGGCCUACACGAGGAGUUGCAGAAGAAAAUGGAGGAAUGUGAGGUGUUGAAGAAGGAACUCACCCUAGCCAAGUAUCAAGGUCGCAAGAUGUCUUUGAUGCCCACAAUUACAAGAGCAGACGGCUCUCCGUACUUCACUCCUCCCAAUCCCCUGCUACGGAAGAAGAAGCCUAAGUCUCAGCGCACAGAGGCAGAAUUGAUGCUGGACUUUGACGACUUCUCAGACACAGAUUCUGACGACUUCAUAGCUGAUGACAAAAAUGACAAAGACUGGACAAAAACACCCCUUUACAAAACAAAAAAUCAGAGGAGGAAGAAUUACGGUGAAAUUUCAAAGGACAGUGACAAGUCAUCCAGUGGUCCAGGAGGAGGAGGGAAGUUCUGUUCCUGUAAAGGCAACUGUCAAACCAAGCGGUGCUGUUGCAGGAAGAGCCUGGGUCUCUGCGUAGACGGCUGUGGCUGUAACCCCGACACCUGUGUGAACAGAGAGGGCAACUCUGAAAAUGUGAGCCAGACAUCCAGUGGAGGCCUCAACACCACAUUCAAUGUAGGGUUGGACCAAUCUGGCCCAGGGAGUGCCGACUCCACAUUUAACGCCAACACCAGUGUGGGCAGGGCUACGCGUAAAGCCCUGGCAGCGAUGAAUGCCUCACAAGAGGAAAAACCUAGAAGAACACGUAAGAGCAGGGAAAGCACCAAAAGACCAUCUGCCAGUAGUUUGUACAAGCUGGAGUCGGAAAACAGUGAAGGAAAAGCAGAAGAUGAAGACAGCGAUCCUAUAACUGAUUUAGGUCAAGGGGGUCUGAAGAAAAAGAGGAGGUUGCUGAAACAAGAAAACAGCAGCUUUUUUCCUAGCAUUACUGACGAGGCAUAAGAUGCUGGGCUUGCCUGCUACAUUCCAUAUGUUUUAUUUUAUUGUUAUUUUUUUAGUUUAUUGGUAAUAUUUACCUAUUUGUUAUUGAUAUAUGUAUGUAAAUGUGAAGUAGAUUUAAAUUGUGGAGUAAUUUAAGCCAUAUGUUAUUGUCACAAUACAGAUUUCACUAGUCAUUAACUAGAUUGCCAUGAGGAGAAGAAUGUCGAGAGGAAAGAAAUGCAAAAAGCUUACUUUCAUACUUCAGUUACUAAAGUCUGGUUAAUCUUAUUGAUGAUCUAAAUUGUCAUAAUAUUACUGUUUGCCUUUGUAAAAAAAUGAAAGCAUGAAGCAAUGUUAUUUGUAGUAUCUUAGUAAUGAAUGCAUGUUCUGUGUAUGAAUUGCAUACACCAACAUUUUAUGACAGUCUUUGAUGAAAGCUACUGCCAACAUUAUAUGCACUUGCUUCCCAUUUAUAAUUUAUGAAUUUAACUGUCAUAUGUGAGAAAAAAAAAGAGUUGUGACAUUCAUCAUUGUCCUAUAGCUUAGUCUUAAGCUAGACUUGUCCAUACAGUUAAACUGAGCCUGAUUUAACUGCAUAGUAAGAGACUUAGUGUAAAUGAUUAAUAUACUAGAAUGUCUGUACUUUAAGAUGCAAUGUGCUGCCAAGUUCACUUUUCAUUGUGAAGUUCAAUUGUUACAGGGAGUAAGUGACCAUGAAUGUGAAAUACUGGUUCUCUGAUUGUCAAUUUAAGCUGCAACUCGUUACUGCACUCUCUUAAUAUUUUAUUGGCAACACAUUGAAAGGUGAAUUAGUAGUUUUAGGCAUUUUUAAAAAAUUAAAUACAGUGAAUGAAAGUGACAUGUGAGAAUAUGAGGUGUGUUUGUUUGCAUAUCAGGGAUAUGAUAUUUGCACCUGUAAAUAAACUGCAUAGUAUGGCCUAUUAUCAAGGCAAGAUAUCUUUCCGUCUUCUUGAUGUUUAUUAAUUGAAGCUUUUUAUGUUGGCAACUC